AGGAGGAAGGUGCAAUAAACACACAGGGCGUCUGCGCCUAUAUAAGUAGGACAAUAAAGUGAAAUCGGCAUCAAUGCUCUAACAAUGGAUUUGGCAGAUAUGCUUCUUCUUAAAGUUUUUCUCAUCGUGUACUUACUAAACGACACCCAAGGACACUAUAGAAAUCCCCUGAACAAGUACAUCCUUCACUAUGAAGGCCUGUCCUACGACACAGAGCUUGUGCACAGCAAGCAUCAGAGGGCCAAGAGAGCGCUGUCUCAUGAAGACUCUUUCCUUCAUUUAGAUUUUCAUGCCCAUGGAAGGCAUUUUAAUUUACGAAUGAAGAGGGAUACCAAGCUGUUUUCCCAAGAUUUGAAGGUGGAAGUUUCGGGACAAGAGGUUCCAUUUGAUACCUCACAUAUCUACACUGGAGAAAUCUAUGGUGAGAAAGGUACUCUAACUCAUGGUGCCAUUGUUGAUGGUAAGUUUGAAGGCUUCAUUCAAAGUUACCAUGGCACCUACUACGUGGAGCCCGCUGAGAGGUAUCUGGAGGGUAAAGAUGUGCCCUUCCAUUCUGUCAUCUAUCACGAAGACGACAUACACUACCCGCACAAGUAUGGCCCAGAGGGAGGCUGUGCUGAUAGCUCAGUGUUUGAAAAGAUGAAGAAGUACCAAUCCUCAGCUGUCGAGGAGCCACCCAAGCAGGAGCUCCACACUGAAACGGCAUUUAAUGAACCUGUGCUGCUGAGGAAGAAGAGGAUGGCCCAGGCUGAGAAAAACACCUGCCAGCUUUUUAUUCAGACCGACCACCUCUUCUACAAGUACUACAAGACCAGAGAGGCUGUCAUCUCUCAGAUCUCCAGUCAUGUCAAGGCCAUUGAUGCCAUCUAUCAGGGCACAGACUUCAUGGGCAUUCGAAACAUCAGCUUCAUGGUGAAAAGGAUCAGGAUAAACACCACCAGUGACGAGAGGGACAGGUCCAACCCUUUUCGCUUUGCCAACAUCGGGGUAGAGAAGUUCCUGGAGCUGAAUUCAGAGCAGAACCAUGACGACUACUGCUUAGCUUAUGUUUUUACUGACAGAGACUUUGAUGACGGGGUCUUGGGUCUUGCCUGGGUUGGAGCCCCAUCAGGGAGCUCCGGAGGCAUCUGUGAAAAAAGUAAGCUCUACUCCGACGGAAAGAAGAAAUCUCUCAACACUGGUAUAAUCACUGUACAGAACUAUGCCUCCCACGUACCUCCUAAAGUCUCCCAUAUCACUUUUGCACAUGAAGUAGGACACAACUUUGGAUCCCCGCACGACUCUGGAUCUGAGUGCACCCCCGGAGAAGCCAAGAGCCAAGACAAGAAGGAGAAGGGCAAUUACAUCAUGUAUGCAAGAGCUACAUCUGGAGACAAGCUCAACAACAAUAAGUUCUCCAUCUGUAGCGUGCGCAACAUCAGCCAGGUGUUGGAGAAGAAGAGGGGGAACUGUUUUGUUGAGUCUGGCCAGCCCAUCUGUGGUAACGGCUUGGUGGAGCCAGGAGAGGAGUGUGACUGUGGCUACAGUGAUCAGUGUAGAGACCAGUGCUGCUAUGACGCCAACCAGGGUGACAACAAGUGCAAGUUAAAACCUAACAAAGUCUGCAGUCCCAGCCAGGGUCCUUGUUGUACUGCUGAGUGCACCUAUAAGGGCGGUAACGAGAAGUGCAGGGAGGACUCUGAGUGUGCUCACCAGGGUAUGUGUAACGGAGUGAGCGCCCAAUGCCCAGCGUCUGAGCCCAAGGCCAACUUCACUGCUUGUCAUGGAGAGACUCAAGUCUGCCUCAACGGAGGUUGCUCUGGCUCCAUCUGUGAGAAGUACGGACUUGAGGCGUGUACGUGUGCCAGCCAAGAUGGCAAAGAUGAGACUGAGCUGUGCCAUGUUUGCUGCAUGGAGAAGAUGAAUCCCAACACGUGCAGCAGCACAGGAUCAGAGCGUCUGGCUCGUUUCUUCAAUAAGAAAGUUACCACACUGCCAGCGGGAUCACCCUGCAAUGACUUUAAGGGCUACUGUGAUGUGUUUAUGAAGUGCCGUCUGGUGGAUGCAGACGGCCCGCUGGCCAGACUGAAGAAGGCCAUCUUUAACCCCGAGCUCUACGAGAACAUUGCAGAGUGGAUUGUGGCUCAUUGGUGGGCAGUGUUGUUGAUGGGUAUUGCUCUCAUCAUGCUCAUGGCCGGCUUUAUUAAGAUCUGCAGCGUGCACACACCAAGCAGUAACCCCAAACUCCCCCCUCCCAAACCACUUCCAGGCACUUUGAAGAGGCGGCGAGCGCAGCAGCACGCCAGCUCCCAGGUGCAGCACCAGUCCCAGCACCCGCACUCCCACCAACACGGAGGCCACGGCGGGCACGGAGGCCACGGCGGGCACGGCGGCCAGCGGCAAGCCCAGAGGCAGCCUCAGCGGCAGGCGCAGCCCCAGAGGCACCACCGCCAGCCCCGAGAGAACUAUCAGAUGGGACAGAUGAGACGCUGAGACCCUGCAUCCCACCCUCCUCCCCCUUCGCCCCCCCAAUGCCUUGGCUCCUCCUUGUGCCUACAGUGGGAAACAAAAAGCGUCACUCCAUCCAAAGAAAAGCCUGACAUGGUUGUUAGUCAUCAUCAUAUCAUCCUCCAUCGACAAACACUACAGAAAAAGAGAAAACACUAUCUAGCAACUCGAUUGGCUCUUUGUGGAGUGGACUCGAACAUCAGCCAUUUCUUAAUGCAGUGUGAUCAAGCAUCUUUUUCCACCUCUUCUUUUUUUCUUUUAAAGGAGUGCCAAGGAGUUAAGGAAUCAUGUGUAGCUUUAGUACAUUAUGUGAUGGUUUUAUUUUUUUCUGUUGUUUUAUUGCAACGUCUUCUUUGAGUGACACGCCCGUGGCUGCUGGUGAAUUGUUCUGUGCUUCUUUUGUUUUUUUUCUUUUCGCCAUUCUAGCCAGGAAUGAGAGACACUCAGUGGGGAUUCGCGGCACUUUUUGUGAUUUACACAUGUCAAAACGGCAAAAGACACAGGCUCCGGUCUCUUCGUGCAGACAGCCCUCUGCAUGUGACUGUACAUAUUUAGUGUAUCAUAAGUGAAAACAAACUAUUUCUUCUACUGUAAAUGUGUAAUUCUUCACUUUUUUUCUUUGAUUUUUUCGGUUAGUGCUCUCAGGACUCUUAACACAUUUAUUGAAGGAAUGAUGGUUGCGACAGGUUCCUUGGACUGCGACGUUCCUUGAGGAUUUGAUGCCAUCGAGUCCUCUUAGCAGUCGUGCAAUCAGGUGGAGCUCUGUCGCUAUCGUUAGAUUGCUCAGUUUGAAGAUCACCAUAUCCCACUUUUCAGGCCUUCUUUGUUCAAGGUCCCUUUUUUCAUCUUUUUUUUAAACUGUCUUUCUAACAUCAUGUUUCGCUCAUAUUGUGUAACAAGCUAGAUGACAGAAGGAAUUAUUGGAACAGAAAGGGAAGGAGAUCGUCUAGUUUGGUACACUUUUAUUGUCUUUUUUGAUUUUGUUUUUGAUAAAGAAUGAAUAACCACUAACUGAUGCUCAUGACGGUUAUGAGUGAACCUGUUCUGAUAUGAAGAUGAGGGAAAGCGAAGGCUGCUGUGGAUUAGCGUAUCAUGUUAAAGAGUUAGUUUACAUGAGUGUUAAAAUAAAUUUGAAAACGACUCCAGUGUGUGGAUGUACAAAAAAAUGUAAGAUUAAAUCAUUCUAUUAUUCUUCAGAUAGCGAAUCUAAGAACUUUUCAAUGUGGGCAUGCAGACACAUUUAUUAAAUGUGACUAUUAAUUGACCAAGGUCUGUACUAUUUGUAUGUCACUCAACACUAUUUCCUUUGACAGCUGUUAAUGUUAGUCUUAAAGUGCGUGGAAGGAGCAGCAGUGUUGUCACAGUAUUCACACAUUCCUCGGUGUGUUCACUAUUUUUCACAGGAGACAAACUACUGCUGUUAGAUUUACUUUUUAAAAAGAUAUUCACUUCCAGAUACAUCCUGGUCAGAUUUCAUCAUCCUCCCCUUGAGAGCUCAUGAGUGCUGCCGUCAGUGUGAGUUUACAUCUUCUUCAGCUGAGCUUUGUGCACACAUUUUCAAACUACAAGAAGCUUCUGGAGCCACUUUAAAUGGAAGACAUGAAGGAGGGACGUGAUUGUUGUUUUUUUUGUUGUUUUAUUGUGGGAUUGUUUGACCUCAGGUGUUUACUUCCUCCUCUUGCUGCAGCACAGCAGGGAGGACGUUCUUGGAAGGGAUGCUAUGAUAACACUAAGCGGAAGGAUUUCAUAAUCUGGUCAUGAUGUCCCAGUGUUUGUUUACUGUGCAAACUUUCCUACACAAACAGGAUUAUUGGAGUGGGUAAAAGUUUGGUGCAGGCAUUAAAAGCUUGGGCAUUUUGCUUUAAAUAUUCAGAAAAGGGUUUUGUUGUGUGCGUGUGCUCUGACUUAAUUGGAUCCUGGCAUUAUUAUUUCUGAAUGCAUGCAGUACUAACCUCAGCUAAUAUCGUACAAUACUGUCCUGAUGGUUGUUGGAGUCACACAUGUGCUCUGGAGGGGAAUCACAGUCAACACUUUAUCUCACAUGGCAGAUGAAUCAGGCAGGUCGGGGGUUGCUCAAACUUCUCAUGUCUGUACAAAAAAGGAGCUCUUUUUAAAAUUUCAUCUUCCAGGCUGCAUCACGCCCGUUUGACGCCUGGAGAAUUUACAUGUAAACUUGUACAGUACUUCGAAAAAUUUGCAUUUCAUUUGAAGAUGAAAAUUACAUUUUGAUACAUCUGUUCCAUUUUUUGUAUUCUAAUUCCAGAGUAAGUUGUUCAAAGAUGUUCAUAUGUGACAAACUUUCCUUUCUGCUAAGUUAUUUAUGUUCUUCUUUGUGCUAGUUGAAAAUGGAGUUUGCUUAUGAUACUUUUCUCCACCAUCGUCUAUGAUAAAAACAAUUCAGGGUGAUGGAGUUAAUGUUACAUUCUCAUUUUUGUCUUCGUUAUCCUGUGGCAUGGUUUGGGUAGAAGAGCAGAAGAAUAAUGCCUGUAAAUUUUACUUUAUUUUUAAUUUCGUAGUCUUGGUAAAGAAAAAAAUGUUUUUAGAUAAACGUGCACUGAAAAUGUCCAAAUUGAGUUGAAAUGUCGUAGGUGAUGUAGGCCGAAAGAACACAAGAUUAAAAGUAAUACUACUGUCUGAUUUUAAUGUUCACUGUGUUUUAUACAGUAUCGGAAAUUUUUGUUCACUUUGAACAUUUUUACUAAAAAAAGAAAAAAAGAUUUCAAAUUGUAUUGUGCAAAGAGAUGUAAUUUUUGGAGUACUUGAAAUGCAUUAAUUAAAAGACUGGUUCAAAAUAAAAUAGACCCCUGUUUACUGUCUGUAAAGUGUGCUCUCUUUGGCUCUGUCUGUUCCUGUAGGGGGGUUAAGUUGGAUCAGGAUAGAGGAGGGGUCAAAUUAGUGAAGGAAGGGCUGCCCACAAGAAGGACCCUGAAAAACUCAGAAAAUGGGCCCUUUCCAGCUGUGAUUACUGGGUUCUGAUGUUUGAAUUAUUUACUUGUGCUACUGAAUAACAUCUUUCUGUAUGCUACAUUUUGUUG